GAGAGGAUGGAGGUGUGUGUGUGGAGGUGUGUGUUGGUGUGUGUGUGGUGUGUGUUCCCGGUGGGGGGGUACGGCCCCAAGCAGCGUGCCCAGAGGAGUGGUGACAUCAUGCUGGGGGGACUCUUCCCCAUCCACCUCGGCGUUGAGUCCCACGACCAGGACCUGGCAGCACGACCCGAGGCGACCGAGUGUGUCAGGUUCAAUUUCCGUGGUUUCCGAUGGCUCCAAGCAAUGGUUUUUGCAGUGGACCAGAUCAACAACAGCACUGACCUCCUUCCUAAUGUCACUCUUGGCUACCGUAUCCAUGAUACCUGCAACACCGUCUCCAAGGCCCUAGAGGCCACGUUGAGUUUUGUGGCACAGAACAAGAUCGACUCGUUAAGCCUCGAUGAGUUCUGUAACUGUUCUGGAAAGGUUCCAUCUACAAUCGCAGUUGUUGGCGCCACGGGGUCAAGUGUCUCUACCUCUGUGGCAAACCUCCUGGGAUUGUUCUACAUCCCACAGAUCUCUUACGGCUCGUCCAGUCGUCUCCUUAGCAACCGGCAGCAGUUCCAGUCGUUCAUGCGCACCAUCCCCUCAGAUGAACAGCAGGCUGUUGCCAUGGCCGCGGUCAUCGACCACUUUGGCUGGAACUGGGUGAUUGCUGUGGCGUCCGAUGAUGACUACGGGAGACCUGCUGUGGAGAAGUUUGAGAACGAGAUGCUAGAGAGAGACAUAUGCAUCGACCUGAACGAGCUCAUAUCACAGUAUGCCACUGAGGCCGAGGUCCAGGCACUGGCCGAUCGUAUACAGAACUCGUCUGCUCGCGUCAUCGCCGCCUUUGCCACAGCGCCAGACCUGGAGCCCCUGGUGCGCGAGCUGGCACGGCGGAACCUGACAGGGCGCGUGUGGCUGGCCAGCGAGGCCUGGGCCACCUCCUCGCUCAUCGCCCGGCCCGACUACCUGGAUGUGAUGGUGGGCACGCUGGGCUUCGCCCUCAGGGCCGGACCCAUACCAGGCUUCCGGGACUUUCUGCGGCAGAUUCGUCCUGGUCCAAGCUUAGUCCAUAACGAGUUUGUCCGGGAGUUCUGGGAGGAGACCUUUAACUGCUACCUGGACGAUCAGGACGGCGCCACCCGGAGGGAGAGAAAGCAGGAGGGGAGCGAUGUGGAUGGUGAGGAUGAGGGCGCUAGCCUUCGUCCCCGUUGCUCUGGAGAUGAGGAUGUGUCCAGCGUGGAGACUCCAUACCUGGACUACACACACCUGCGAAUAUCCUACAAUGUCUACGUGGCUGUAUAUGCCAUCGCCCAUGCACUGCAGGAGAUUCUGACAUGCAAACCGGGGAAGGGGCUGUUUGCCAACAACUCCUGCGCUGACAUACGGAGGGUGGAGGCAUGGCAGGUCCUGAAGCAGCUUCGUCAUCUUCGCUUUCAUGACAGCUUGGGAGAACUUGUCAGCUUUAAUGAAGGGGCAGAGCUCCAUGGCAACUAUACAAUUAUGAACUGGCAUCGGUCACCUAGUGACAACUCAGUGGAGUUCCAUGAGGUCGGUUUCCAUGUCAGCGCCAACGGGAGAGGAGAAGGAAAGCUGCACAUCGACCGCACAAAGAUCAUCUGGACUGGACAGAUGACCGAGGUGCCAUUCUCCAACUGCAGUGAUGACUGCGACCCGGGCACCCGGAAGGGCAUCAUCGACGGGAUGCCGACCUGCUGCUUUGAGUGCACAGAGUGUUCCGAUGGCGAGUACAGUGAUCACAAAGAUGCGAGUAUUUGCACCAAGUGUCCCAGUGAUUCCUGGUCACAUGGGAACCACACCAGCUGCUUCCGCAAGGAGAUCCACUUCCUGUCGUGGGAGGAGCCUUUUGGGGUAACCCUGGCCAUCCUGGCAUCCUUGGGCGUUAUGGCAACGGCUUUCGUCCUGGCAUUAUUCAUCAAGUUCAGGGACACGCCCAUCGUCAAAGCGGCCAAUCGAGAGCUUUCGUACCUGUUGCUGAUCUCUCUAAUUUGCUGCUUCCUAAGCUCUCUGAUCUUCAUCGGCAAACCAAAAGACUGGACCUGCCGUCUGCGCCAACCAGCCUUUGGCGUCAGCUUCGUCCUGUGUAUCUCCUGCAUCCUGGUCAAGACCAACAGGGUGCUGCUGGUCUUCGAAGCCAAGAUCCCCACCAGCGUCCAUCGCAAGUGGUGGGGUCUCAACCUACAGUUCUUGCUGGUCUUCCUCUUCACUUUCGUUCAGGUGGCCAUCUGUGUGGUGUGGUUGUACAACGCCCCCCCGGCCAGCUAUGAAAACCAUGAACUGGACGAUGAGGUCAUUGUGGUGACCUGCCAUGAGGGGUCAGCCAUGGCUCUUGGCCUUCUGAUUGGUUACACCUGUCUGCUGGCUGCCGCCUGCUUCCUGUUUGCUUUCAAGUCGCGAAAGCUUCCGGAGAACUUCACAGAAGCGAAGUGCAUCACAUUCAGCAUGCUCAUCUUUUUCAUCGUGUGGGGCUCGUUUGUGCCGGCAUACGUCAGCACCCACGGGAAGUACGUGUCAGCGGUGGAGGUGAUCGCUAUCCUGGCCUCCAGUUUCAGCAUGCUGGCCUGCCUGUUCUUCAACAAAGUCUACAUCCUGCUCUUCAAGCCGUCACGGAACACAGUGGAGGAGGUUCGGUGCAGCACGGCGGCACACGCCUUCAAAGCAGCUGCUAGGGCAACGCUGCGCCACGGCUCCAACGCCUCACGCAAGCGCUCUUCGUCACCCUCUCUCUCCUCGUCCUCGUCCUCGAAGCCUGAGCUGGAGGGUGGCUCGCUGGACAGAGGGCGGGUCCCCAGAGUUAGCUUUGAGCGGGUGUCCAUGUCCACGAUCGACAGGAAGAGUCCAAAGGAGGGCUCCAAACCCUGAUGGGACCUGUAUUCGCCUUAUUCACACGGCAGCCAUUGUAAACCAAAAUUAGGUUAUGGGGUACACAAACCAGUAUUGUUGUGUUCUAUGCAUUUGCCAGUAGGUGGCGAGAACGUGUUAAUGAUAUAGUCAGUGUAACCCAUAGCCUCGUUUUGGUUUACAAUGGCCGCUGUGAGAAUAAGGCGAAUACAAUAGACAUCUGAAGUUCGCCUACUAUAAGGAUCCAAAGCUGCCAUUUUUGCCCAUAUAAGGAGAUGCAGGUACCAUCUUUGCCUAUUUAAGGAGAUCCGGAUUUGGAUGGCAGCUUUGGGUCCUUUUUGUAGGCGAACUUCAGAGGUCUAUGAGCUAAUGAUGUUGAUGGACAGGACUGACGAUACAAUCAAGGCAUCUAGUACCAGCUUCAGUACUAGAUUCUACCAGUGCAGAGAGCUGAGCGAGCCUGAUGACCUGGACCCUUAUCAUUUGAACUUAUCAGGAGAGAGGCAGGACAAUAGGAGGUUUUAUGCCUUUCUGUCUGCCCAGUGAUGGACCCUCAGGCUUGGGGACCACAUUCAGACAGCAGCUGACUGGAGGCAAUCUGGCUAUGUGUGUGUGUGUGUGUGUUUUUAAAGGGGCCAUAUUAUGCAAAAACUAAAUUUUUGCAAAACACUCUGUGCUUUUGUACUUCCAUUUGAGUCUCUGAUACUUUUACAAACACUCAAAACAAAACCGUGCGUUGAGUUUUUGUGGGUGAGUUAAGGGUGGUUGAUGUCCGAAAUCUCUUCUAUUGAGACGUCACAAUAAGGGAAAUUUGAAUAUUACUACACCCAGAGCCAUAUAAUGCACUGACUACCCACCCCCAUCUGAAAAUUCCCACCCACUAGGUUAGGAACUUCCUGUCGAAGAUCCUCCAUUUUGGUCGUAGCCUAUCGUUUCCAACCAGCACCAUGCGAAAGAGUAUCAACAGCAUUUUUUGUAGUAGGCUACACAAGAUAUCCAAACGUCUUUUACGCACCUGAUAUCAUCCAUAUUUCAAGUAUACAAACCGAAACUCCCCAGGACACGUCUCGUUCUUGUUAAAAUAGUUAAGCAAUAUGACACGAGUGGGAGCGGAGUUAGUAAACAAUAUCCCCGCAGCUGUCAUUUGGCCAUAGGUACAAGGCCGAAGGCCAUAUAACGUAGCCUAUCCUACGCUGGGAGCAUCCCACCAACAACAGCUUAUUUGCAUUUAAGGAAACAGGCCCCAGAAACAGCCUAUUCUGAAAGGGACGGAAACUGACAAGAAUGAAGCUGCUGAUAAUGUUUAAUCUGAGGGGAAUUUUGCGCAAACAGCCCUAGGGACAUGUUUUGUGCAACCCAUACAGUAGGUCUAUUUCGACUUGUUGAAAAAGAACUAUAAUAUGGGACCUUUAAGUAUGUGGGUGUGUGUGAGUGAUCCCCAAACUGCAGUGUGUGUGUGAGUGAUUCCCAGACUACAGCAUGUACGUGUGUGUGUGUGUGUGUGAGUGAGAGAGAGAGUAAUCCCACCCUCCAAAUUCCUAAUUAACGCUGGGAUGACAGCGCUGAGAAAAUAGAUCUUUCAGCCAGCACCGUCACACCAGUCUGACGGGAAUGUUAGAAAUUGAACAUUCUAAAGAAUAUAUGGGUUCAUUGAAUUCAACAUGGAACUUUAAAACCUUACAAUACGUUGUGGAACAGAAUCUUCUGUUAGAAUGUUCAAAACUCGGACGGUUUGGUCAGGAGAGGGACUAGGCCCCUGGUGCCUCAACUAUACCAGCAAAAGACAUGAUGUCCUGCUUUUGUAAAGACUUUGCACAUUUACGAGGGACUCCACACCACCACCAGUAUUAAGUGAAGAGACAUUUUAUUGGAGUUCACAACCAAGUGGGAAAGAAAGUGGGUAAACUACUCUGUGGGGAUGCUGGUCUGUUUGAACAGGGGUGUGGGGCAUGUUUUUGUUAAGAGGAGGAUAUGGAUUGUGCUUCUGCUUCCAGAUGUUUUCUGUGACAGCAUCGCUUGUGUGUCUGUUUGUUUUCCUCAUUGUUGUCUCUGCAAGGCUUUUUAUAACACAUGUGCACACAAUAGGUCAACCUUAACUCCAUCUGUUCCACAGAUGCUAAGCUAGAAAGCUAUCAACACAUGCCUGUGAGCACACACCUGUGUACCUGAGAUUCUGUGAUUACACACCUGUAUACCUGAGAUUCUAUGAGCACACACCUGAACCCCCUUUUUGUCCUCCUUGAAGACCCUUUGAAAUUGUCCUCGUGUUUAUCCUGUGUACCGCUUGCUUUUAAGGGAAUAAGUCUGUGCCAAGAAAAUAAUGACCGGAUUUCUGUCAUCUGGACUGGAUGAUACUGAUCUUCAUACACUUCCACCACCCCAGCAUCACUUCAUAUAGGACUCUGUGUCCUUCCUCCCCUCAGGACGCACACAUUACAUAUGUGCUGUUUAUCUAUACUGUUGUGCAGUUGUUAUGGUUGUUUUGGUUGCAGAGAUGUUUUUGUUUACUUGUUUACUUUUUCUCUGUAAUUUGGUGUUUGAUUGUUAUGCUGCAUUAUCGUGCCGACUCCAGUGGUCUUUUAUGAUUUGUCAGUGAAAGAAUAUAGCACAAUGUAUACCUCCAACACAUCCAGGUCUUUCCCUGAUAAGACCGCAGGUAAAAAAAAUCCUUAGUGAGUACACCGUGCAGAAACCUUUAGAUCACAAUCACACAUAAAUAUAUGAAAAACAUGUUCAGUCAUCACAAAAAUACAGUACACCAACAGUUCUUCACAGUUGUAAACAUAUUCACAUACAAACAUGCACACAAUUUAUUUUUGUGUGACUACUGUAGGUUUAUUGUAAAGCCUAUUGUGAAGGCUAAGUUGAUUUGUGUGUGUUGUUGGGUAUGUGAAUAUUAGUGUAACUAGGAGCAUCAUUUUCUGUAAAGCUCUGUCAUUAUUAUUCUUGAUAGCAAUUUAAGUGAAUUUCCUGGAUGAUUAUGUUUCUCUGCUCUGAAAUUGUCUGUAUGAUGCACAAAGCAUAGCCAAAUAAACCAGUCUGUUUAUAUAGUUCAA